AUGCCAGAAGCCGAGAGAUCCAGGCCAUCCGAAGAAGCAAACGCCGAAGCCGCGGAAACGGAAAGGGGCAGAAUGAUCGACCUGUCAGCAGUGGACGUCAGCAUGGCCUUAUGCCUCUCGGAAGACUGUGCACCAACUACUUUUUCCAAUGAAAGAGUGCCACCUAGUGCGGGGGCUUUCGGUCGCAGGAGUCGUACCCAAGUUGCUCAUCGCAAGGUAGCAGUAUCAUCAAGCCAACUAUAUCGCGCCACGCCAGGCUACAGUGUGAGAAACACGAGCUUCGCCGGCUCUGAGAUGCUCGGAGAGGGUAGUGGGAGUAACGCCUUGCGAUGCUGGACUGAUGCUCCCGCUCAAUCUCCAGAUGAGACAUUCGGGCGGGUUUGA